UCCUCAGAGUUGUGCCGCCACGUGCAUGUCUCCGGCGGAAACAGCCGUCGUGAUUUUACACACUUCCGCAGCCACGUACCUGAACAAUCCUUACCAUCAAAACGCCACCUCUUUCACAAAUCCCCCACCAUUAUCACCCUCUGUUUUUUUUUUAUCUUUCCACAUUUUCCCUUCAUUGUCUUCAAAAUAGAUAUGGCAGACCACUUGGAGACCAAACAAUCAGAGCCCAUGGCGGUGGAAGUCGCCGACCAAACUGAACCCCUUUCUUCGCCGCCGUCUCACAAUUCGGAUGCCGGGAAAAUUGCCGAUUCUCCUCCCUCGCCGCCUGUGGAGGAGGCUGAGGGGUCUAAAAUGGUCGACAGCGAGCAGCCUGUUCAUCGUGUUCUCGGCGGCGGAAAGCCUGCGGACGUGUUGUUAUGGAAGAACAAGAAGAUCUCUGCCGGGAUUCUCGGCGGAGCCACCGCAAUUUGGGCGUUCUUUGAAGUCCUCGAGUAUCAUCUUCUCCCAUUGAUAUGUUACGCCUUGAUCUUGGUUGUUGCUCUCUUAUUCCUUUGGUCCAACGCUCACAUUUUCAUCUACAAGACCCCACCUCAUCUUCCCGAAGUUCGUAUCAAAGACGAGCCGUUCCUGCAGGUCGCCUCUGCAGCAAGGACCAUGAUCAAUCGGGCCAUUGCAACGUUGGGCGACAUAGCAUCGGGGAGAGACGUGAAGAAGUUUCUAGCUGUAGUUGCUGGCUUGUGGAUUCUAUCAGUUAUAGGAAGUUGGUGCAAUUUUUUGACGUUGUUCUACAUCGCGGUCGUAUUGCUGCACACGGUACCGGUCGUUUACGAGAAGUACAAGGGUAAGAUCGAUACGUCUGCACAAAGGAUCAUGGUCGAGAGUAAAAAGAGGUACGCGGUUUUUAACGAGAAAGUUGUGAGUAAACUUCCUAAAGGGGUAUUUAGAGAGAAGAAGGAAUGAAAGGAGGAAAUGAUAGUGAAAUUAGUAGGAUGGUGGAUAGUGAAGAAGGCCUCUUUGGUGGCUCAUGUUGUGUAAAUGUUUUGAUUUGAAGUUUAAAGCAGCUGUUGUUUUUCUCUUGGUUUUUAUGUGGGUGUACGUAUUAUAUGGUGAACAAUGAUGUACUUUUAUGUGUUGAAAUUAUGAAUGAUGGGUUCGGUUUGAUCGCGUAA